AUGAAUCCCUCAAUGAGAGGUCAUUAAUUUGUCAAUCCGCUGACGAAUUCAAGAAAUCGGCAAUCUUAUAGCUCAUUCAGAUAUAAGUUCUUGCUCACGUUAAUUGGAACAAUCGCUCUUUCAACUUCAGUUAGAGGCUAAGAGUUAGAUCAAUAGUAUAAUCAAACUGACCCUUCAUUGGACUAGACUACAGGCACUAGUUAAAUGCCUCCUUUGUUUGAUCCUAAUUCAACUGCUCCUAUUGGGCCAGUGAAGGUGAGAAUUGAUGCUAUAGAACCUGAAGCAGGUCCAACAACAGUAAGAGGAGGACCAUUUGCAGGAAUGGAACCUUAUUUCCCUAAACCUAUGUGUAAAUUUGGAAAAGAAGAUAUGAUUGUUGAAGCCACCUAUGUUUUAUGUACAUCAGCAUCUAGAACAAUCGCUGAAAGAGAGGCUCGUCACAAGGAAAAGAAUGAAGUAUGUCUUCAAUGCGAUAACAGUCCAGCAUCAGGAAAGGCUGAGCUUAUUACAUUUAGUAUUAGUUUAACAGGAGAUUUUUCUGAUGUAGGAAACACAAUACCAUUUAGAUAUUACCCACCAAGCAGAAUUUUCGCUAUUUAUCCAAGAUAUGGUCCAAAGGACGGAGAUACUAUCGUUCAAGUUUGGGGUGAAAAUUUCUUAAACUAUGAUACAAAUACAAGGUGUGCUUUUGGUUCAAAAUCAGUUGUUGCUACAUUUAUCAAUUCUAACUACAUGAUUUGUAAUUCUCCUUUCUCAGAUGUAGUUGAGAAGCCAAUUCCAUUCACAAUCUCCUUGAACAACUAGCAAAAUUCAAAGGAUACAUUAUUUUUCUGGUACUAUUCAUGGCCUGCCAUUACCGAACUUAUUCCAGAUAGAGGCCCAGAUGCUGGAGGCACAAAAGUACUCCUAAAGGGUAGAAACUUCCAUCCCUUCAAGGAUGAAAGCAUUGAUAAUGCAAAUGAUACUUUUUGUAUGUUUGAGAAUUUAGCUAAAGUCCCAGCAACGAUCAUUAACUCAACUAAAGCUAUUUGCCACUCACCACCAUCUUAUGUUUUGAGAUAAUCAAUUGUAGAAAUUACCUUGAACAACCAAUAAUACACAGAUGAUAACAAUAUUUUCUACUAUUACAGACCUCCUUACCUCUUUGAUAUCAAUCCAAGAGAAGGUCCAGUGAAAGGUGGAACUAAAGUCAUUGCAAUUGGUUCAAAUUUUAGAGAUACUGGAAACAUUUCAUGUAAAUUUAAUGACACAGUUGUCCCAGGGAAAUUCCUUUCUACCUCGGAAAUUGAGUGCUACUCUCCAUAAGUCGAGCAUCCUGGCUAUGUUCCUCUUUCAGUAUCUUUGGAAAUGGAUAUGUACUCAUCACCUGUUUAAUAUCUUUAUUACGAGACUCCAAUUGUUGAAGAUAUUGAGCCAAAGUGUGGACCAGAUUAUGGCUAUACCUAAAUAACUGUGUUCGGUAAAAACUUCAUUGACAUGGGUCAUAAUAAGGUGAUGUGCGUUUUCAAUAAGACUAUUUUCACAAAUGCUACUAUUAUGGAUGAAAGAACCUUAAAAUGUGACUCUCCAUCUCUUCUUAACUCCCAAGGAUACUCAAUGAUGACAAAUAAAAUGCUUUACUAUUUCAUAGAAGUGACAAUUGAUGGUGGAAGAGAAAUAGCAGGUCCAUAUCAGCAAUUUAAUUACUACAAAGAUCCUAAAAUUGUUCAAAUCUCACCAGGUGCAGGUCCAACUAAAGGUGGAACUAUAGUAAAAGUGAUUGGUUCAGACUUUAAUUAAGAGGGAGCUUGCAAUAAGACAGUUAGAUUUGCAGUAUUUGAAACUAAACCUAUUAAUGAGACUAAAGAUACUACUAUUUGGGUCAAAUCACCUAGAGUUAGCAUUCCAGAUGCAGUAGUUGUAGCAGUUGCUCUUAAUGGUUAACAAUUUACCAAGGAUCUCACUAUUCAUGUUAAGGAUGAUGAAAAUUCAUUUGAAUAUUAUGAUGAGCCUAUCAUUUCAUCAAGCAAGCCACAUUCAGGUCCAAACAUUGGAGGCACUGAAGUUGUAAUUAACGGAAUAGGUCUUACACCAAUUAAAGAUCUAAAUGGCAAUCCUGAUAAGAAUAAGAAUAAACUCUGGGUUAGAUUUGUUGAUCCUGAUACUUUUGAACCAUUAGCCCCAGAAUAUGAAGUUAAACCAGAAGAUCUUUCAGAUGAUCAAGCUAAAUGGUAUACACCACCAAUGGGAGAAGGUACCAAAGCGUUAAUGUAAAUCUCAUUGAAUGAUUAAGAUUGGUAAAAUGUGCCACUUCCAAGAAAGACUUAUAGUUUUACUUAUUAUGAAUCCCCACAUAUCACUAAACUUCAUCCUUCAUAUGGUCCAGUUAAAGCUAAGAAUGAUGAAUAUAUGGAAAUAGAGGGAACUAACUUUAAAUGCCCAGAAUCAAACUGCAAUGAUUUAAUGGUCAGAUUCGGCGAGCCUAAUUAAGGAAUAUAUGUCAAAGGAACAUGGUUGAAUGAGACAUUUAUCAAAUGCAGAAUUCCAAAGUAUACUAAGCCAGAUGUAUUAAGAGUUGAAAUUACUUUAAAUGGAAAGGAUUAUACUGGUGAUGGAAAAUAAUAUGGAUACUUUGAUCCCUAUGUCUUAAAUGCUGAGCCAAGAUUGAUCUCAGUUGAGGGAACUACAAUAGUCAGAAUUAAAGGUUUCGGAUUUGUCAAUUCAUCUCAGACAUAAUCACUCUAUAGCUCACCAAAUCCUCAAACAACUCUCCUUUGUAAUGGAAAAUAAUGCAUCAAACCAGCAAAAUAUGUCGACAAAAAUACUCUUGAAACUGCAACAUUCCCAUAAUCUGUUUCAAACUAUAAAGAAACUGAGACGAAUGUUUUGUGGGAUCCAAUAAACAUAGAUGCUUCAGUUUAUGAAAAUGGAUUUACAGAUAACAGCGUAGAGCUCUUUUACUAUGAAGAUCCUGAUUACAAAGAGAUUUCAAUCGAUGAGACCCCUGCUAAUAUUCAAAACUAAAUCUUCGUCAAAACCGAUUUCAAAAAGAAUCCGAUUGAUAGAUUAAGAAAAUAUUCAAACUUCACUUGCAGAUUCAAGGCUGAAGAUGGUACUGUGAUGUAUACUCAUGGCCAAAUGGAGAGAUAUCCACUUGAAAAAGGUACUCCUAAUGCAGUCUAAUGUAAAACACCAAAAUGGAAUUUGAAAGGAAGACAAUAAGAGCCAGUAAAGUUCGAUAUAGCCGUAAAUGGACAAGAUUUUAAAGGAAACUUCGACUUUUUAUUCACAUAAGAGUUGGUGAUUCAUAGAUCAGUACCAAUGUCUGGCCCAGUUCAAGGUGGUACUAGAACUAGAUUAAUUGGAACAGGAUUCAAACCACCCAAGUCUUCAGUUCAAGCUAAAUGGGGAGUCCUUACAACUGAUACCAUUGUUAAGAGUUAAGUUGAGGAUUACAUUUACAAUAGAAUGCAAUUUGAGAAUAUGAUAGAAGGAUCUGAAGAGCUUAAAGCUUACAUCUAUGAAGCUUCACAAUUCUAAAGAGUAGAUACUGUUUUGAUUGAAACAUACACAUAUAAUGCAGUCUAUAUGAUUCCUCCAAAAGUCUAUAACUGGACACAUACUCAUGGUGGUCCUUCAUAUGUUGAAGUUGGAAAGGAUAUUAGCAUCUAAUACCAUACUAAAAUGAAUGUAACUCAUACAAUAAGGAAAAAUGCCACAAAUACAUCAGCAGCUAUUGAUAUUUCUCAAACUGUCGAAGAAGAUGUUGUAAAAUCAUGGGUCUAUUAUGAAUAUGAUCCUUCAAGUGUUGAGUAUUAUUACUACAAAGAGUGUGUGGUCAAGGAUAUGUAACCUCAUUCUGGAUUAAUAGUUGGAGGUACUCCUGUUGCUGUUACUGGAGCUUGGUUCAAAUACAUGCCGGAGUAUGGUGUUGUUCCUCACUGUAAAUUUGGAAAUAAGAUAGUUAGAGCAACAUUUGAUUCAACUGUAAGAAUUGUUUGUAGAGCUCCUCCCAAUGAUGAGCUUGGAGUUCAAUAUCCAUUUGAAAUUAGUAUGAAUGGAGUAGACUGGUCAGAUACUGGAUUUAAAUUCACAUACUAUGAAGUACCUCAAAUAGAUUAUAUUUCACCUACCAGUGGUCCAGAAUCUGGAGGUACAAUGGUCUAUUUAUUCGGAUCUAAUUUCACAAAUAUGAGUAAUCCAAGUGAAUUCAAUUGCAGAUACUCUCCAGUAAGUCUUAAGAUUCCACCAAAGAAGAUGCCAGGUAUUUACAUUAACUCUACUACUAUUAUGUGCGCUUCUCCUGGUGGAUGGGGACAAGGAGAUUCUGUCAAAUUGCAAGUUACUUUCAAUGGUGGAGAUUAUGACACAAACGAUUUCAUUUUUACAUUCUUCUCAGUCACCAGAGCCUUCCCAAGAAGUGGUCCAUCAGAUGGAAAUGGUGGAGAUAUUAUAAUUGAAGGAUUUGGAUUUAGAAAUGAUACUAAUCCCCUGUGCAAAAUCAAUAACACAAUCUAUCUCCCAACCUCUGUCACUUGGAAGCAAAUCAGAUGCCCAAUGCCAAGAGCAUAAGGUGGAGAAUAAUUCUUUGGUAAUGUUCCUCUUGCUGUUGCUCCUAACGGUAAAGACUGGAAUAAUUUCAUAGGCGGAUUCUAAUACUAUCCUCAACCAAUAGUAGAUGAUAUAUUCCCUAAAUAAGGACCUUCAGUAGGUCUUGGAGUUGUCAAUUUCUAUGGUGAUGGUUUCAGAGAUGAUUACAAUCUUGUUGAUCUUGCUUGCAAAAUAGGAGAUUCAAUUGGAAAAGCAGUUUACAUUUCACCAAGGCAUGUUAAAUGUGUUGUUGAAGAUAUGGAGCUUGUUAAUGAAGGAGAAUAUUUGCCAGCUUAACUCGCACUUAAUAGAUAUUCGUGGACUAAUUUAACAAAUACUACAAUGUUUUUACCCUAUGGCAUUGAGCAAAUUUAUCCAAACAGCGGGCCAACUACUGGAGUCACAGAUGUUAUAGUACAAGGAAAGGGUUUCAUUGAUGAAGAAGGAAAUACCGCUAGAUGCAGAUUUGGUACUCCAGCAGAUUAUGCCAUCGUCGAUGCUCAAAUACUUUCAUUCGAAAGAAUGGUUUGCAAAGCUCCAUAAGACUUUAAGUUGCUUCCUUCAUCUACAUUCCCUUAGGAUGUGCCAUUUUCAAUUGCUUUUACUAGUGAUGAAUAUGAUCCAUGGACAGAGUCUUCUCAUAAAUUCAGAUUCUAUGAUCAACCAGUUCUUUUGAGAUGUGAUCCAUGCGAAGUGGAUGUUGGAACUAUUGCUGAGGUACUUGUAUGGGCUGAUGAUAAUACUGAAUUCUUUGAGCCAGUUCCAGUAAAUAAGCCUAGUGAGGCAGAAUAAUAAGGGUUAGUUAAUUUGGGAAGUGGCCUUGGAGGGAUCACCUGUCAAUUUGGCAGAUUCGGAGAAACACAGGCAAUUUUCAUAAAUGAGACUGUAAUUAAGUGUGUUACUCCUAGUGUCGAAGAUGACCCAGACAGUAUAUACAGAGAAACAAUAAAACUUACAGUAGCUAUGAAUGGGGUAGAUCAUGAAGAAGAAUCAUCACAGGUCGAAUUUACUUUCAUAGGAACCGGAACCUACCUAGUAUUUUGGCCUUUCAUUAUUGGAGCACUUUUAAUCGGUCUACUAAUUGUAGCCCUAGUGGUAUGUUGCGCAACAAUAUUCCAAAAGAUCUCAAUGGAUGAUAUGCUAGCAGGAAAGAGGCAUGUAGGCAGUGAAGGACUUCCACAUGUCUUUAAUAUUGGCGGUGGUGUCAUGGUCCCAAGAGGAAGAGCCGAUUGGAACGCAGAAAGAUCUUCGGUUGAUAUGCUUUAGAGAGCCAGUGGAUAAAACUAUUACUAAUGA